GGGGACAAGUCCACCUCCUGUAAGAAUGGGCAGCAGCCUCUCAUUCGCGUCCGGAGCGCACGAGCAGUCGGGCAUGGACCAACAAUCUCCAAGACAGAACUGAUGAAUCAGUAAGAACCAAAAGUCGUCCUUAUCACCCUCCUCUUCCCCAGAGUUCUCCUCCCCAGCAUCACAUCAUCAUCAUCAUCAUUGCCAGUGCCGACUCGAGCGCCGGCCACCCGUCCCGCCUUUCUUCCGGCACCGCGCGCGCAUCAGCGUCCGUCAUGAACGUGCAGGUGGUGCCCGAGCACAAGCUGGCGUCAGUGGCCCCGCUCAAGCCGUACGCCGUGGAGAAGAAGGACGUGGAGCUCAUCCUGGUCAAAGAGCGCAACGGCUUGCAGUACACGAGCUCCCGCACGCGCACGUGCACCGAGGUGCCGGAACGCGAGACGUGGGGCAAGAAACUGGACUUCCUGCUCUCCGUCAUCGGCUUCGCCGUGGACCUGGCCAACGUGUGGAGGUUCCCUUACCUGUGCUACAAAAACGGCGGAGGAGCCUUUCUGAUCCCGUAUACCAUGUUCCUGUUUAUUGCGGGAAUGCCGCUGUUUUACAUGGAGCUGGCUUUGGGUCAGUAUAACAGAGAGGGGGCGGCCACUGUGUGGAAGAUCUGCCCUAUUUUCAAAGGUGUUGGUUAUACUGUGAUCAUCAUAGCUUUGUAUGUGGGCUUCUACUACAACGUCAUUAUAGCCUGGUCUCUGUACUACCUGUUCUCUUCAUUCACGAGUGAGCUGCCCUGGCAGCACUGCAACAACACAUGGAACAGCCAAAUGUGCAAAGACCCCAAGCUCAUCACUGGCUCCAUGCUCCUGAACAAUGCCACCUAUGCCAAGUACAAGCGAACACCUGCUGCUGAGUUCUAUGAACGAGAAGUAUUACGCAUCCAUGAGAGUCAAGGAAUCCAUGAUCUGAAGGAACCUCGUUGGGAGCUGUCUCUUUGCCUUGUGGUGGUCAUUUUUAUUCUCUACUUCAGCCUGUGGAAGGGCGUAAAAUCUUCUGGAAAGGUGGUGUAUAUCACUGCCACAAUGCCCUAUAUUGUACUUUUCGUGCUGCUGAUUCGAGGCAUCACACUACCUGGUGCUAUGAAUGGAAUCCGUGCGUACCUCUACAUUGACCUCAAUAAGCUCAACAAUCCUCAAGUUUGGAUUGAAGCUGCCACUCAGAUUUUCUACUCUCUGGGGGCAGGUUUCGGUGUGCUUAUAGCCUUUGCCAGCUACAAUAAAUUUGACAACAACUGCUAUAGGGAUGCCCUCCUGACCAGCACCAUAAACUGCAUCACCAGUUUCUUCUCAGGGUUUGCCAUCUUCUCAGUGUUGGGUUACAUGGCUCAUGAGCAUGGCGUCAGCAUUAAGGAAGUGGCCACAGACGGGCCUGGGCUUGUGUUUAUUAUCUACCCAGAGGCCAUUUCCACUCUCCCUGGAUCCACUUUUUUUGCCAUAUUCUUCUUCAUCAUGCUUCUAACCCUAGGCAUUGACAGCGCUAUGGGUGGCAUGGAAGCAGUCAUCACUGGACUUACAGACGACUUCAAGAUUCUUAAGAGAAACAGGAAAUUGUUCACCUUCAUCACUGCAUUUGGGACCUUCCUGGUUGCCUUACUGUGCAUUACAAAAGGAGGGAUCUAUGUCUUUACCCUGUUGGACCACUAUGCUGCAGGGACAUCUAUUCUGUUUGCGGUUCUUGUGGAGGCCAUAGGAGUGUCCUGGUUCUAUGGGGUGGACAGAUUUAGUGAAGACAUUGAACAAAUGAUGGGCUUCAAGCCAGGACUCUACUGGAGGCUUUGCUGGAAGUUUGUCAGUCCUGUUUUUCUGCUGGUUGUGGUGAUUGCCAGCAUAGUCACGGGCAACAAUAUGGAGUAUGAAGGCUAUGUCUUUCCAGGCUGGGCUACAUUGGUGGGCUGGGGCAUCGCCCUUUCCUCUAUGAUGUUUGUUCCACUAUAUGCUAUCUACAAAUUCCUCAGUGUGCCAGGCACCUUUAAGCAGAGAAUAGCAUACUGUAUUACACCAGAGCAUGAACAUCACUUGGUGGCAGAGGGGAAUGUCAGGCAGUUCAAGCUCAAACACUGGCUUGCCAUCUGAUGUGACUACUGGUGCUGGAAUGCCAUCAAAAAUCCUAGGUGGCUGAUGUGCCAUGUGUGGACCCAGAAAGUAAUGUGCCUCCAGUGAUGAAGACAAAGAAAAGCGAUGACUGUCUCAACAAUGUACCCUAUUGUCUGCACAACUCUGCUUCUGUCCUGUGGGUCUCAUUAGUGGAGAAAAAAGUCUGUAUUUUGCUUUUUUUUAUGGUAAUGAUUUUUAAUACAUUACACCACUAAAACCUCAAUUUAUAUUUUAUUUAUGACCUUUUAAAUGAAUUGUAUCAAUUAUUUUUUUAUACUUAACCUCAACCUGCAGAACAUUUAGUGUUUCCAAAGUACAUCAUCACGUCAUUGUUUUUAUGUCUGUAUAUGUGUGUGUGUGUGUGUGUGUGUGUGUGUGUGUGUGUGUGUGUAUGAGCAUGUGUUUAUGACGGCAGAACAGUGCCCUCAAAAAAAAUGGUAUGCUUAAAUGGAAUAAGAAUCCCAUACACAUUUUUUUGUGUCCUCUAGUGUAUUGCAAGUGUAUCUUGACACAAUUUUUGCUUUGUGGACACCUGCCACUGUGUCAGUGCCUUAUAAUUAAUCUACUGCUCCCUUAAUCUGUGUAAUAAGGCAAAUCUUUAAAAUUAUUAGAACACGUGGUCAAGGAUUAAGUAGAUUUUCUAAAAAAAUAUACCAGACACAAUUUUCAUUAUUAUCUAUUAAAUAAUUAUAGUAAUAUGACAAAAUUUAAGUUAUACUAUAUAAUAAAGGAACAUUAUCCUUCAAGUUGCACUAUGCCAAAAAGAUUUUUUCAAGCUUAAAAUUGUUUAUUUUUAAUAUUGUUCUAAAGCUCAUGCUCAAUAUCAUCAACAAAUGUAGGGCUUUUCUAGUCACUGAUAGAUUAAUCUUAAUAUUACAUGUAUCAAAGUUGUUUUGGCCUAAUUAAAGCCUAUUAAAGACUGGGAGAUUUAAGAGUAAAGACUAUCAAAAUAUCCUGCCUAACAAAAUAUAGAUAAUUUAGGUUAGGUUUUAUAAGCAAUUGUUUUUUAGACAGACAAAAAAGAGACCUAAACUGUUGUUUUGUGCUUGAGAAGAUUACACAAUGAAGUAGUAGCUCAGUGGCUAAAAAGUUGGACUACUGAAGGUUCAAAUUAAAGCACCUUCGAGCUGCAACUGCUGACCCCUUGAGCAAGGCCUAUAACAAUCAACUGCUUAGUUGUAUAAAUGAGAUAAAGUUAAGUCGCUCUGGAUGAAGGUGUCAGACAGAUGCCAUAAAUGUUCUAGUACAUCGAGUUAUUUCAUGUGUUAGACACAUACAACUGUCUUGCCCAUAUCAUAAUCUCUCCCUGAUGAUGGUGUGUGUGUGUGUGUGUGUGUGUGUGUGUGUGUGUGUGUGUGUGUGUGUGUGUGUGUGUGUGUCUGUGUCUGUGUGUGUGUGUGUGUUUUGGGGUUACUAAUAUGUUGAGAAUUUCUCUCAGGUCAAAUUUGUGUUGCAUCCCUAGUUUAAUAGAAAAAACGCAUACACCAUUACAAGUCACUUGAAGGAAACAAAAAGUGUUGUAAGUGCCAAAAUUCUUCUCAUAUUUUCUAUAUUUAUUAUUGGAAAUACAUUCAUGUAUGUGUAUGUAUAUAUAUAUAUAUAUAUAUAUAUAUAUAUAUAUAUAUAUAUAUAUAUAUAUAUAUACACACACGUUACACUGUAAACAUGGUAACUGGUUGGGAUCAAGCCACGGUGUGGUGUCUAGAUAUAUUAAAUAAUAAUUAUAUUCCUAUAUAUUAAAUAUAUUCUUUUGUUAUAUAUCUAAUCUUGUAUUUAUCAGAUUCUUUAUAAUGAUACGUGAAUGUAUUUUAAAUGUAGGCUGUCCACUGUAAUAUUAUGUGUUUGAUGUAAGUAAAGGUAAAACUGUUAAA